UCUUCCUAGGUUUUUGGCCUUUCUAGGGAGUUUUUCCUAGGGAGUUUUUCCUAGCCACCGUGCUUCUUUCACAUGCAUUGCUUGCUGUUUGGGGUUUUAGGCUGGGUUUCUGUACAGCACUUUGAGAUAUCAGCUGAUGUACGAAGGGCCACUUCCUGUAUAGCACCACUUCCUUUGAAUUCUUAGACGAUGGUUCAGCCAAGAUGAACUUGCCUCUUUGAAAAAACUGCAGAUGUUGUACGGCAACAAAUGGGUGAAGAUCUCGCAGUUGACUGGCCGAAGCGAAAUUACCCUUAUGAAACGUUUUUCUCAGAUUUUUAAGUCUUCAGGAACUUGGGAAUUAAAUAUAAUGACUCUUAAUCCUUUACCUGACAUCCUGUUCCACUCAUAUUUUUUGGACAUUUAUUAUCAGCGUUGUCUGAACAAUGCUCCUGCUUGUUUGGUGGGUUUUUUCAGUCACAAACUUAGGUCCUUGGAGCGAGGAAGAACUGAAGAGACUAAUGGAAGCCGUGCGAGACCACCUGCUGGGACAGGUGGAUCCUGGCAGAGGACCUGCCACCAUCAGGAAAGACAAGCUGUACAACAACAUCCCCUGGACAGAUGUGUGCCGAGGGUUAAGACAUGUCACCGGGACCAGUGUAGAAUGAAAUGGUUGAACGCAAUGCAGGUGGAAGAUUCUGCAGAUAUUGACUGGGAAGAAAUUGCUCACACAGUUGGGGGUGUUACUCCUAUCUGCUACGUGCAGAUGCACUACCACAAGCUAAAAGUAGCCAAAGUCCCAUUGCAGCAGAGCAUGUCUUUCUGUGAGAUCAUUGAUUUCCUGCACAGUAGUGUUCUGCCCCAGUUUGAAGAGCUGCUCUGCCACAGUCAGGCUGAGUCAGGGGAGACCGAGUCCAGAGACGAUCGACGAGAGCUCUUCCUGCUUUCAGAGAUCUUUGAAAAUGAGGACGACUGAGAUUAUUACUGCGAGGGGCUUGUGUGGGGCGGUAGCAGUCGACAUGGGUGAAUUUUAGAGGCCUCCAUCUUGGCAGUGUAGAGAUUUCUUUUUUUUCUAUGCCAAUUUCGGUUGCAACACUAACGAGUUCCAAACUGCCUCUGGAAGCAACUUCAGCACAAUAACUGUUUGUCGGGAGCUUCAUGAAAUGGGUUUCCAUGGCCAAUCAGUCGCACACAAGCCUAAGAUCACCAUGCGCAAUGCCAA